GUCUCCGAGCCAGUUCUCGCGGUGCUGGCCAGGCUCAGCCUCCUUCCCCUCCCCGGCGAGCGGUGACUGUGCACGGCGGAGCGGGGAGCGCCGAGCCGGGCGCCGGGGGAGCCCGCGCCGCCCCGCCGAGCCAGGAGGAAGGCCGCCGAGCAGCGCGCCCGCCCGGCCCGUCCCCGCCGCCUUGCCCCAUGCCCCAGCGACGCUGAGCCUCCCGCAGCCCGAACAUGGCCACCACGGCAACGUGCACCCGCUUCACCGACGAGUACCAGCUCUACGAGGAGCUCGGCAAGGGAGCCUUCUCUGUGGUCCGUAGAUGUGUAAAGAAAAAUUCUUCACAGGAAUAUGCUGCAAAAAUCAUCAACACCAAAAAACUGUCGGCCAGAGAUCACCAGAAACUGGAACGUGAAGCUCGAAUUUGCCGACUUCUAAAGCAUCCAAAUAUUGUGCGACUCCAUGACAGUAUUUCAGAAGAAGGUUUCCAUUACCUCGUCUUUGAUCUGGUUACUGGUGGGGAGCUCUUUGAGGAUAUUGUUGCUAGAGAAUACUACAGUGAAGCAGAUGCCAGCCACUGUAUUCAUCAGAUACUGGAGAGUGUGAAUCACAUUCACCAGCAUGAUAUCGUGCACAGGGACUUGAAGCCUGAGAAUUUACUACUAGCGAGUAAAUGUAAGGGUGCUGCUGUCAAACUGGCUGACUUCGGACUGGCUAUAGAAGUCCAGGGGGAGCAGCAGGCCUGGUUUGGGUUUGCUGGUACUCCAGGCUACCUCUCCCCUGAAGUCUUAAGGAAAGAUCCUUAUGGAAAACCAGUGGAUAUAUGGGCAUGUGGAGUGAUUCUGUACAUAUUACUAGUGGGGUACCCUCCCUUUUGGGAUGAAGAUCAGCACAAACUCUAUCAGCAGAUCAAAGCCGGAGCCUAUGACUUCCCAUCACCUGAGUGGGACACUGUGACUCCUGAAGCCAAGAAUUUGAUCAACCAGAUGCUGACGAUAAACCCAGCAAAGCGCAUCACGGCUGACCAGGCUCUCAAACACCCAUGGGUUUGUCAACGAUCCACUGUCGCAUCAAUGAUGCACAGGCAGGAGACUGUGGAAUGCUUGAGAAAGUUCAAUGCUAGAAGGAAGUUAAAGGGCGCAAUCCUCACAACGAUGCUUGUGUCUCGGAAUUUUUCAGCUGCCAAAAGCCUGCUGAACAAGAAGUCAGAUGGAGUGAAGAAAAGGAAGUCGAGCUCCAGUGUGCAUUUGAUGCCACAGAGCAACAACAAAACCAGUAUAGUAAGCACUGCAAAAGAAACACCCCCAGUGCAGACGUCCAUGGAGCCUCAAACAACUGUUGUCCAUAAUGCUACAGAUGGCAUAAAGGGUUCCACAGAGAGCUGUAACACCACAACUGAAGAUGAGGAUCUGAAAGCUCCCCCUCUCUCCACCGGGGACGGCAGCUCAGUGCUUGAAGGACGGAGGCACAGUGAGAGCAAAACACAGACUGAGUCCAUGCAGUCCCAGCUUUCUCUCUGUUUCUCAGCCACUACACAAUCUUGUGAAGAGAAGCUCCAUGCCUGGGACAGCCCAGGGCAGACAUUGGAGUUAGAGCGUGCUCGGUCGGAGCCUUUGCUAACUCCAGUAGUUCCCUUUGUACUUAACCGAGCACCGUUGCGUAAGCAAGAGAUCAUUAAGAUAACAGAGCAGCUGAUAGAGGCCAUCAACAAUGGAGAUUUUGAGGCUUAUACAAAAAUCUGUGAUCCUGGCUUGACCUCAUUUGAACCUGAAGCCCUGGGGAACCUGGUUGAAGGAAUGGAUUUCCAUAAGUUUUACUUUGAAAACUUACUGUCGAAGAACAGCAAGCCGAUCCACACGACCAUCCUGAACCCGCACGUGCACGUCAUCGGGGAGGACGCGGCGUGCAUCGCGUACAUCCGCCUGACGCAGUACAUCGACGGCCAGGGCCGGCCCCGCACCACGCAGUCCGAGGAGACGCGCGUGUGGCACCGCCGCGACGGCAAGUGGCUCAACGUGCACUACCACUGCUCCGGAGCGCCUGCAGCCCCUCUCCAGUGAGGAUCACAGACGGCAACUUGUGGAGAUACUCAGCUGGAGGGCAAUAUCUUCUUAGCAAGCAGCUCUGGAGUGCCUGAGUGACAGCAACGGUCAUGUCUGUUUUGACAUUAAAAAAUUAAAUACAAAUUACAAACAGGCAGCAGCCAAAUGCACGAAACCCUGCAUGCAUCUGAUGCUCCGGGCACUGCCUUUCUGUUGUUUUCCAUGGAUCCAUCGUGUCUGUUUCUGCUGUACGAAGGUGUUUUUAAAUCUAAAAAAAAAAGACAAGUUGUUUGUAUAAAAUAAUAAAAAAACCAGGAAUAAUGCUAAAUAAAUGACAGAUUAUCCAACAUGCCCCCUCCCCCAGGGCUAAGAAAGUGGCAGCAGCCGGAACAUCUUUCAGAAAUGAAGUGAGGGGGAAAGCAAAAGUGAAGGAGAGAGAGAGAGAGGGAGAGCAAGAAAGGAGGCGGCUUGAACAGCGGAUGGCUGAAGUGUGCUCCGCAAAGCCAAGGUGGAAGUUAACACCGCGUUCGCGCUGUGCUGCAGCUGCAGUCGUGAGAGGGGCAAGGACACCCCAGAGGAGCCAGUGUGAAGACUGGGGUUCGAGAGAGAGGAGGUGCUUCUCUUCCUGUUGCCCAGCAGUCUGACUUCAGCCUGUUUAUUCGUCGAUUUCUGCACAGCAAGAACGCUAUGGAAACCUGGUUGCUCGGCUGCUGGAUCCCAAAACAGACUUUUUAUUUUCUUUUUUUUCUUUUUUUUUCUUUUUUUUUCUUUUUUUUUU